CGCCGGAUUGGUAACGGAUUUUCCGCCGGGAUUCUACGGGUGGCUACCGGAGUGGAGGCAUUAAAAAAAGUGUUAAUAUUCCCCAAAUUAAGAGGAAUAACAGAUCGACAGUGGAGUGAAGCGCAUUAUGCACAUUUCUAUGUGAAAUGUUAAUAUGUGUUGUAAAAAGGGUGGUAAUAAGAAAGCAUGCAAUAAGUUUUUAUAAAGUGCAAAAAUGAUCAUGUUGAAAGUGAAAGGCGCGAGCAUCAAUCUAAUGAGUGUAUAAAAGUGAAAAGAAAGAAAUAGAGUGCAAUUACUUCUGUAAAUCUCCGAAUAGAAGCAUGUGCUUGUAAAAGCAACCGGAAACAAAAUGAAUACGAACAACAACGAGGGAAAGACAACAACUGCUUCGGUAUAUCGUUUGUUGCAGAAUCCGGCCCCGAUAUGCAUGUUUUACUUUGCCCAUCCAUUUGGCAUCGCUUCCCCAGCCAGCGGUGCGAAACUGGCCCAAGUUCGGGAUAAGGCCACCAACGGAUGUAAGGCACCUGUGGCGUCAGAAUCGACCGCUGCCAAAUGUACCAACGGCAACGGAACUGCGAAUGGAGGGCAGAAACUAUGUAAGCCCAACGGAAAGCUGACUACUGGUGACGGAGUGCGCAAUGCUUCGAAACCGCAGCGAAAAAUCAAUGGACUGUGCAGUGGUCCGGUAAACGGUGACCCAAAACAGUGUCGCCAAUCGCACCGGGAGCCACCGAAGCGGUCGAAAAAGCACCGAACCCAUCGGAGGAUUAGCAACUUUGAAAAGUUUCUGCUCGAAAUUCAGCAUUCGCACACGUGUGGCCGAGGCUCGUCCAAGGUGCGGCACAUCGAUCGGGAAGACCGGCUAACGCCACUCGUACCGUGGCCAAGCAUUAUCUGGAAUCGAGAUUUUCUCAUCCCUACGCUACUGCAGGCAUUGGCCCAGCAGCACGGUCGAAAAAUUCCAGACAUCGAGCAAAUUCUGCGUACGGUUCGAUCGGCCUGGAACACACCGAAAUCGCAACGAUCAUAUUUGCAAAGCCAGGACAGCCGCGAAUCAUCCGCCUCGAACUGGGACCUAUCGAGCUUGUGCGAUAGCUGCUGCCUUAACCCAGUUUAUCAAAGGAUGGGUGCCGGAACGUACGCAAAUGCCACCAGUCCCGGGCCGGGAUUGCUUCGGAGGCGCUAUUCGGUACCGGAAAUCAUUAUGCGCAAGCAUACGCUGGCGCAGCAGAAAACCGAUGAUGAAUCCCUGUGGCUGCACCAUGACACCAAUCACAAUGUGAUCGAAGUGGUGGUUAACAAACACACCGGCACGGCUUCGGCCCGAGGGAUACUGAACGGGCGGCUCAGUGGACCGCGGACACCACCGCACCGGAAGUCCUUCGGUUUGCGACAUCACCGGGACCACCACAGCUCCCUGACUGGUCGCAGCAGUAGCGUGGAGAGUGGUGGUGGUGGAGGUGCAGGAGGAGGCAGUGGAGCACACGAUUGGUUGGCGGGGACGAUACCGCCGGGCACGGGAGCGCUCAUCGCAACCGGGUCGGAUCCGAACCUGGCUGCGCUGAAGCAUCGGAAUCUGGCUGGUGGACGGUGUAGCAGCCCGCUGUGCAAUGGCAUCGGGUCAAGCCGGGCCGUGGCCACCGGGACCGGAGGUAGUUUGCGAUCUAUCCACAAUAAUUCUCUUAGUUGCAGCAGCUCUAGCAGUUUGAACGGUGGACCCCUUGCCAAUGGUGGCGCUGUUGGUGGUGGUGUUGGUGCCGGUGUUGUUGGUGGUGGUUGUGGUCAUCAGCAGCACCAUCCCUUGGUGCCCUCGUACCGGGACGGAGAAUAUUCGAUGCGAAAGACGACGCUGUUGCGGCGCAUGUGGAGCCGUGAGUUGCGGCGCUACGAACGCUCCGGUAGCUGGUCGCCACCGUUGCGCCGGACGCCGCCCCGCAUCUACAGCGUCGAAAGCAUCAUCGCCUCGGUCGAAGGCCACCAAAGUCCGUCGCGUGCGGACGAUAGCGAGAGCGUGCUGGGGGAGCGAGUCGGAUCGGGCCGACCGGGCAGCAGCGGUAGCGGGAGCAGCGUCGGUAGUGGUCGUUGCGCUACCACGGCAACGACGACGACGACCGGGACGACUGACACGACCGGUACGACCUCGUGCUUGGAGUGUGCCAAGCUCGAGCGUCAGUACAACGGUGACUUCGGUACGGGCAAGAAGUUGCUCUCGCGUACGACCCAUUCCCGCGAUAUCGACUGUUCGGGUCAAGCUUCGGGUGGCCACCAGAGUCCGGUUCCCCCCGUCUCCCCUGCACCGUCCGAUCCGGCCACGGUCGAUGACCGGCGGCAGCGGCGCCGACGACGCAUGUGUUCCUCGCAAACGGCCGAUCUUGGCGAAUCGGAGCCGACUAUCAUACUGGCCGCUGUUUCGGCUGCGGCCACAGUUCUUGAAGGUGAGCACGAGCAGGAGGACGUCAACCACCCAGUCAACGAUCAGGUGGCGCACGACAACGACGAACACGACGACCUUGAAGACGAAUAUCCUUCGCACAGUAGCUCAGUCUCUUCGAUCGCGUCGCAAUCGUACCGCGUAUCGUCCGCCACCCGCGUUCGGCACGAUAACGAGAGUGAUCUUAGCGAGUUCCUGCAGCAGGAACGGUUGGCUGCUGCGGAUGGCGAUGGGGUUGAUCGCACGGGUGCUCGGGAAGGUGCUUCUGUCCGCACUGGUAGUGCUGGUACUAGCGAUUAUCCUCGAGAACGUACUCCGGUUACUGAUGGCGCUGCAGGAGCAACAGCAGCAAGAGCUUCAGAAGGUGUCGAAACUUCCGAGCCAACCGGAGCAGUAGAGGAACAAUUUCCACCGGGCAGCAAACGUCGCCCGAGUGAGGACAGUAGUGUCGCUGAAAGUGCGGCCCUGUCAGAAGACUCUGAUUCUAGCACAGACGACGGUGGUGAGAUAAAGGUUGACGACCGCACGACACACGGUGUUAGUGAAGCCGAGCGGGCCCGGCUGGAUGAGUACAUCUCCGAGUUGCUGCUUGACAAUCUGAACAAUCUCGCGGACGCUAAAGAGCUCGUGCUGGCCACGGAUACCCGCGACGGUGAGACCGAAAUUGUCGGUGUUUACAGUGAGCGCCGGGCACAGCUGCGAGACCCAAAACCGACGGAAUCGGAUCGCCAGAAUAAUAAUCAACCUUGCGCCGCCUCGGAACCGCAGAACGGCAACGGCACCAUGAAGCAAAAGUUUGCGGAAAAGUACAUCGGCGAUGGUGGUGGUGUGGUGUGCAAUUCGCCUCCGCAAACGGACAAACAUAAACUUUCGCCCAAGCGCCCAGAUGGUGGCGCAGGGGCAGAGUGUGAUAAGGAGAAUGAGGAAGAUGUCGCGAAUAACAACAAAAGAAACAGUAAUAAUAAUAAUAACAAUAACUCAAACAAUAAUAAUAACGGCAGUGGCCCUGUAGAGCGUAACCACCGCCGGCAGAAGACACGUGCGAAAGGAAACGGGUUCUUCUUACGAUCCGGCAGUAGAUCACCUCGCCGGAUCGAUCCUGCAAUCAAUGGUGGUGCGACCGAGAUAGAUUUGAAUGGGAAGUAUUACUUUCCGGCGUACGGGCUCGAAACGGAUCCGUCAGACAAUACGGACAUCGCGUCAGAGCCGGAAGGGUUAGUGUUGGGCAAGAUUGGCACUGGUUCUACGUACGAUCGUGGAUCGGUCGUAGUACCACGCUUUUCCGCAAUGCCACGCACAGAAUCGAUGGAAGUGCAACCGUCCUCCACCAAUUCGGCUGAGGACGAUCUCGAUGUGGCAGACGGAACCGGCAGAAGAGACGAUGCAGAUGAUGGUGCGGAUGAUGAUGAUGACGAUGAUUCGGAUACUAGCAGUUUGGUGGACAGUUUGGAUGGGUUCGGGUCGGCGCAGCUGAUGGAGCCGAUGCCGCGAACCAGAAAACCUAAACACCCGAAGCCGGAGACAGUGGAGUCGACCACCAGCUCCAACGAUCGAUCGCCAAGGCACGAGAAGGGGGAAGCGUUCUUUGUACCGAUCCACGCUGAAACGACGGCCGCAUUAAGGAUCAAUGAGCGCGUGGUCGUCGCCGAUACGAUGCCGCUGCGCAUUAAGGAGCGACUGAACAACCGGCGACGCUUGAUGAAAUGGAAGCAGGAGCAGGAGAAUCUCAAGAAGCAGCGCAAAAUGAUGCGAUUGAUCGAGCAGAAACGGUUCUACGGUGAACCAGCCAUACAGGUGAUCAGCACAAUCGACAAGGCAAUCAGCCGUAAGGAGUUUAUUCCGCCCGGUGCCAAGAAGACCGUGUUUGGCGGUGCGAGCUCUGCGAUAGUGCGUGACACGUCCACUCCUUCUGCUCCUACCCCCUUCCGGGCGAUGAAGCCAAAGAAGCGUGCCGGAGGUGCCGCGGCGACGUCCGGAUCGGCAUUGCGCUCCGAGCUGGGCAUGCUGGAGUCGUACAAGAUCGAUGGGAAAGGUAACAUGCAGAUACAGAGCGCUGCUGCGGGUGCAGCCAGUGGACGCAAAGGAGGAGGUGCUGCUCCACCGAUAGUGUCGGCCAAGAGUCCGUGGGGUUUGGCAGCCGAUAAACGCCAGGGGAAAACGCCUCAAGCUCAGUCUACCGCUUCCACUACGGUGGGUAGUUCGGGACGUACGAGCACGGGACGGACAGGUACGGGUAAAGCUCCUGCAGCCACUGAUGGACGGCGCCGACAGCAGGUGUUGAAGGAUGUACAACAGAUGACCUUGUACCCGCAGGCGGACCUCACACCGGACAUUGAAGGUGGACCUCGGCGUGUGUACCAGAAGACCGAAAUUCAGGAAGGUGAUAAGCACAUCGAGAUUCUCGAGAUAGUAGAGUGUGCCGACAGUGCUCCGCGCGGUGGUCGACAUGGUGGUGGAAGGGCAGCCCGUGUCCAUAGUGCGGGCCGGCGUCAUGAGCGGGGCGGGGGAGGAGGCGGUAGAGGCGAAUCGGGAAACAGGCACAGAUCGCGCAUCCCCGUACCGAUCUACCGAUUCGGACAGUACCGUCGGAGUACGCAUUCGCGUGAUGGAAGCCCGCUCUCUACCGGUAGCAAUCCAAAGGUAGAUCGGAUGAUUGCAGAUCUGCUGCUCGAGGCGCUCAGCAACCCGGAAGAGGUCGGUGUGAAAUUAGUCCGAACGCCGGAAACUCUACGCGACACCUCUCGAUCGUCAUCCAAAUCCAGACCAUCGGGUGCUUCCACAACGAAGAAAUCGGUCUCCUCAAACAGUAACAGCGGUGGUGGGAACAACAAUCUGUUAACCCCCCGACGCACCGCCAGCGGGCGCUACACGCAAAAGUUUGAGGUAAUCCCAGAAGAACGAUCCAGCGUCUCGAUCGAGUCUUCCACCGAGGAGCUGUCCGCUGGUGGGGGAGGUGGCCGUAAGAAGGGUCCACAUCCAUCGCCACGCCGUGUCAGUUUCGAUGAAAACCAUCAAAUAUUGAACCGAGACGAACUGGAAGCACCGACCGUAACAACACUGCUCGUGCCGAGUCCUUCGCCCAAGCGACAACCCGUAACAUCGUCUCCCGCGAAAAGUCCCACCCGAAGCCAGCCGGGGGCCGGAGUGAAGAAGCAGGGCACGGCUACGGUAAUGACCGGCGCGGGCAACACUGGCACAACCAACACCACCAUCACAACCAGCCGAGGCAAGGCGGCCAUCCAGAGUGACGUGAUCGAGGAGAGGGGAUGGAUCGGGUUCAGUACCCAGCACGAGGACAUGGCCACACCGGUCCCAAACGGGCAGGACGAUGAAGACACAAGACUCCACAUCGUGCCUCGUGGCGCACUAGAGCAAACCACUUCCCGUAGCCCACCGCACGUCGGUAGAAGUGUAGUAAGGACGAUCACCAUCGGCAACUGUGUGCCGGCGGCGAUCGAUCAGCAUCCGCACCAUCGGGCCCGAGUACCCGACCAUUCGACAGUCGUUUCUAAUUCCUUCCACGGUGCUGCUGCCGAUUGUGCAUCCGCCGUGCACCUCCACCCAAACGAUGACGACGCUACUGAUGACAUCGGGGAUUCGCGCCCAUACUCCACAGCAGCCGACUCGUUCGUUACGGACAGUUUAAACGCCAAGCUAACGCCUGCAUCGGGACCCUCCUUCCCUUCAUUGCCCUCGUCGGCAGUUCGGUGCUGCGAAGCAAAUGCCACAAAUAGCCGUCAAACGAAUGGCGAAAAACAGUGGAACGGUAAGGAGCUGGUGGAUAUUGUCCCGUACCAUCAUCACCAUCGACUACCAGCGCCACCCUUCCAGCAUCAGAUACGCGAGGAAAAUGCGUGGCAGGUGUUCCAGACGGGCGACUGUAAGGUGAUCCAAUCGAAGAUCGAGUACUACGAAACGUCCAUCCACCGGACGCCCCUUACGGGUGGUGGUGAUGGUGGAGAGUUCUUUGCGUCCGCCGAAACGUCCGCGCUCUGUCCACACACGGCGGCUCCGCUUUCAACGGCCGAUUCGCUCGAAGACAUGGCUGCUCGUUCAAGUACGGGAUCGUGGCAUCGGCAGCGUACCACCAGCUUCGGCCCCGGGUCGGACGCACCACCAAAGACUUCCGACACGACGUGCUCCUCUUGCUGCUUCUGCAAUCCCGAGCUUCACAACCAUACCGCCAGCAGCAUGAAGUCGAUAGCGGAUGGGUGUUUUUACUGUCGGGCAAAGUUGGGACAAUCGCCCACGCGAAGCUUUCCGGCACCACCGACACCUCCAAACAUACAGACCUCCCCCGUUCCACCAUCACCCCAGACACCGAUCACUGAGCUUACGCCGACGCCCUCACUGCACGAGAUAACGGUGCCAGUCCGUAAGAGCUCGUUGGCACGCUCGACCGGCAAAGAUGUUAAGAUGACCGAUCCGGGCGUUAAAUCUCGCGAUGAUCCGCAGCCUAAGAGAGGCGAUGUCGCGACUAAAACCAAACAACCGAAACCACCUCCCACGGAAACUGUCUCGGACAAAUCUAGCAAACGUUCUGCUGCUGUUGCUGCUGCUAAGCCAUCCACCGCUGCGACGGUAUCGACGGUAUCGACCGGUAGUGAAGAAGGCCCCCAGAAACCAUUACCACCAGUGCCAGGCGCAACUCCCAAGCUGGCACGCAAAAAGCCAACCGAACCGGGUGGUGUGCUGAAUCGUCCGAAGUACACGAACCACCUGACCCGUGCCAGUACCGUGGUACAGUCGGUGCAGAAGGAAAUCAAGAAUGAGCUGCGGGCACCGAUCCGUGUGCUACCCAAGACGGCCAAAGAGGUAAGCAAUCGCAAGGAGAAGGAACGACAAAUUGGGCUGAAUCUUCCGAAGGACUACGAUUGUCGUACACGGCGGCCAACGGUCAAGGUACUUGACGAUGCACCGAUGCAGGUGGUGGUGGCAGGAGGGUCGGCUGAAACGCACGGUUACGACAACGAAACGAGUAGCUCCGACACAUCGGACGGUGACUCCAUGGCAGACAGCAGUCCAAACGUUAGCCCGUUCAAGCGACCGAACCUUCAGCAGCAGCAGCCCCAGCAACCGCAGCAGCAAUCACUGCCGUCCGCCGCUCAACCACCAACGGCCGCCACGCGCUGGAAAACGAAUAGCGAGCGCAAUCUAUCGCAGCUGGCCAUUCAGAAGCUGGUGAGUGCUAGCCGAUGGGGCAGUAAGUGGCGCAAAGGAGCCACUAGAGAUGGUUCGCAGCAGCUGGAACCAUCGGAUAGGAACCGGCUGGCAGAGGAAGAUGACGUAGUGAUGGCGUCGGUGGGCAGUUGUAGCGAACUGAGUCCGCUUAAAAUGGGGACUACCGGUGGUAGUGGUGGUGGGAUGGUGGGUUCUACGGCCGGUACGACGACAACCUCUAACAUCAUCAGCGGCAUCACACAGUCAAGUUCCAACCAAGGCUGGACGGUGACAGUGGCUGGUAACUACAAUCCCGAAAUGGCACCGGACGUUGAGAUGAGGCUGAGCUUCCCGAAGGGUGCUGCCGGAGGUGGCAGUGGAGGCAAGUCGGCUUUGACUAGCUCAGCGGCUACCUCCAGCUUGCGUCACGCACCGGACACAUCCAGCGGGAGCUAUAGUCACUCGAACGGACCUUCUGGAGCCGGGCGGAAUCGACAUCCUCCGUAUGCAGAUGGCGAUGGGGGUGAUCAUCUUGACGGUGGCGGUGGGUACCUCGGUGCCAGCAGAAGUACUUCCCGGGGGGCCGGUGCAUUACCUCCGACCUCAUCCAAUCUACCGGGCACCCUGAACCCUAGACGUAAUUUAACUCGCUCCGAUGGAACAGGUGCUGGUGGUACCACGGGCAAGGAUUAUCGUCUUCCGAAUGUUGGUUCAACGCACAACAUUCCGGCAAGACCGACGCCGAAGAAAGCGAUCAAGACGGUGGAAUGUAGUGUCGUGGCGUCCGCAACGCGCACCAUUGCGAACAGCUACCACCAGCUGUCCCAUCAGCAUCAGGCAGCAAACAGUGGACCACUCCAGCAGCAGCAGCAGCAGCAGCAACAUCAUUCGCGUGCUCCACCGAUGUCAACAGUGCGUGGCGGUGGUAGACCACGACCCGGCAACCAGCUGCUUCCCCAGGCUUCCGCACAAGUACUCCAUCCCACAUUGCAAAAUGGGAGCGGUGGAAAGUUCCUCUCAUCAUCCUCCCCCUCACUAGUGUCGCAACAGCAGCAUCCAUCGCAGCGCUUUCACCAUACCGACCCAUCAUACCAUCUAGAAGACUACGGCAAUGUUUACUACGGGCACCAGCAACAACCGCAACCGAGACGGAUGUCACUUGACAGCCAGCAGCAGCAGCAGCAGCAGCAGCAGCAGCAUCAUCCAACAGCAGUAUCGCCCAUGGCAACCGAUUGUCUGUCGGUCAUGGGUAAUGCGAUCGCACCGGAACUGAAACCAAGGGUACCAACCAUGAGCGAAAGGGAUCUAACCCGUAGGCACCACGUGUGCUACACACGCACACAGCCUUACUUCUCCUAAGGGCAUAGUGGUAGUGGUAGUAGCGGGUUGGUGGUAUAGUUGCAACCGAACCGAGCGUACGGUAGCCGUGUUUGUAGAGGGCGAUGACAAUUCUCAGGACAGGUGUGUGAGUGUUACUACCGACACACCUUUCUCUCCACCACGGUUGACAACAACAAUCCCUUCAGCAAUAGACUCUCACUUUUGUUUUCUAGUGUAAGAAAUAGUACAUUUUAGAGAAAUAAAUACAAAAGUACAAUCUAAUCUUA